AUGGAUGUUGAUGCUGGGACUCCUCUUGGAACCCUUGUGCUGCUGACCGCCAAGGAGAAGCUGACCCCAAUUGGCGAAGAGGAGGCCUUUGACUUCAAUGGAACCCAGGCACAGCUGGUUGAAAAUGGAGGCGAGCUGGGAAUGCUGGUGCUAAGCUUCAGUGGCUACUUUUUACAAGUGCCAUCUACAGCUUGCAGGCUCUUAGCCGCAGAUGAGCUGCAAGGCUACGACCUCGUGCUCGGGCCAACUUCCUCAGCCGAGGGAUUGGCAAAACAAAUGCCAGACUUGCUGCUGGAGAAGGGCUAUGUCACCACGCACAUGAUGCUCCCUGCGCGAACUCGUGCGGGAAUCCUGGCCACUGUGAAGCAGCUCAACGACUACUUUGUCCGUUUGCCAACUGAGUUUGAGCUUGGCUAUUUGGGCCGCGGCUCUUCGCGUGAUCGGGUGGCGAUGUUGGAGUCACUGGAGUCCGCUGCAGCGUCGAGUUUGUUGGCACAAGAGCAGAGUGUGGCCGAGCAUUUACGCCUCACGCGAUUGGGCUUGUUGGAGACCUUCGGCUUCCGGCUCUCCAGCCGCACCACCCUGCUGCUCCGCCUGAGCGGUGGAGCUGCGUCGGAGGAGCCGGAGCCUGCGGAGCCGCCGAGUGCCGCAGAGGCGGAAGCUUUCCUUGCGCUCAUGGGCCGUAAGCGCCUGUGCCUCUUGCGCUUCUUGGGGCCGGGUGGUGGAACUUUGCGACUCAUCCCUCGGAAGGAUGAAGCAGAGGUCACGAUGGAUGUGUGCAUCAACAUGCAAGUAGUUUUCCUCACCCAGCAGUACGAUUAUCAGUUCGACUCAGAAGGAGAGUGUUUGGUCUUGCAGAGCUUCUUCCUGGAGGAGCCUUUGCAGUUGGUCUUCCAGAAGGCUGAGGGCCGCUUCUCGUCAGCCUUGACCACGCCGGUGACGAAGACGCCCAAGGGUCAGCAGGUCUUGGUGAAAGGCAUGGCUUCACGCGAUCCUUGUGAGGCGGACCUGCACGAGAAGCUUUGGGCCGCUGUUCGACAUGGCGGCUGUGACGGCUUCCUUGAGAUCCCAAAGACCAGGUUUGACAUCGAUCAAUACGUGGACUAUGAGGAUCAACAGCGGGCAAUGAGUAGUUUCAAGAGCUACUGCCGUCAUCAAGGCCACAUUGAAGGAAUCGAGAUCUUUGAUGCCUCAUUCUUCAACAUCAUGGAGCAGGAGGUUAGAGGCAUGGAUCCCGAGCAGAGGAUAUUCAUGGAAACAGGCUGGAUGGCGCUGGCAGAUGCCGGCUACAAGCGAGAGCAGGUGCGGAUCGACUCCGCCCACUUGGGGGUCUUCGUCGGAAUCAGUGGCUCUGAUUGGCGGGAUGUGUGUCGAGCACCAUCAGCUAAUGGUGUGCCGGAGACAUUCAUUGCGAAUCGAUUCAGCUAUGUGAUCAAUUUGAAGGGUCCUAGCUUCAUUGUCAACACCGCUUGCUCCGCCUCCUUGGUGGCACUACAUAAUGCAAAGACGCAUUUGCUCAUGCCGCAGGAUCCGCUGGAUGGAUGCCUCGUGGCGGGCAUCAGUCUGAACGUGUCUCCUGGGACUUGGAUUGGGAAUUGCGCAGGAGCGAUGCUUUCCUUCCGUGGCCGUUGCUUCAGCUUCAACGCCACUGCGGACGGCUACGGGCGGGGCGAAGGCUGCGCUGCGGCUGUGAUCGAGCGGGGCAAGUACAACAGGGAUGAUGACACCACCUGCGGCUCCCUUGCAGCCAGCCACACCAACUCGGAUGGCCGCUCCGCGAGCCUCACCGCGCCCAACGGCCCGGCGCAGCAGCGGCUGCUGCGAGCAGUUCUUGGGGAGGCACGCUUGCAGUCCACACAACUGGACAUCUACGAAGCCCAUGGAACUGGCACCUCCUUGGGAGAUCCCAUUGAGAUUUCUGCCGUGCGCAAGGUGCUCACGCAGCGCGAGCAUCCUGUGAUGGUUUCCUGCUCCAAGCCCAAUCUGGGACAUCUGGAGGGUGGAGCCGGAAUGUCGGCGUUCUGCAAGUGUGUUCUUGCCUGCAUGCAUGCUGAAGCUGCCGGGAACCAGCAUCUGAGAGUGCAGAAUCCAAACAUGGACAUUGAAGGUUGGCCUGCCUUCCUGCUGCAAGAAGCGGCGCCCCUGAAAUCCGAUGGCUCUUAUGUGGGUGUUAGUGGCUUUGGCUAUGGUGGCACCAACAGUCAUGCCUUGGCCUUCGGGCACAACGUAGUGACCUCUCGUGGUGACAACAAGAAGCGCUCUGAACAAGCCAUGCUCCAGCAGGUGCGCUUAGCUACGCCAGAGAUCAACAUGGUCGGGGAGAACUACGAGGACUGGCAGACGAGUGGCCUACCACACCUGUCGAUGAAGCCCGGGGCAUCCUUUGAAGUAGAAGUCAUGCAGGGCCGAACCCACUGGCACGAAGUGGUGCCGAUCAAGCCGAGAGGGGUCAGCGCAAUGUCCAUCAUGGGAUCCUUCAACAAUUGGAUGCCCGAGACAAUGAUGGCCAGGGAGCGACCCGGGCUCUUCAGCUACGAGCUUACACUUGGCCAAGAAGAAGAGACCUUCCAGGUCCUUGUGGAUGGCCUGCUAUCUCAGGUACUUCACCCAUUGGAAGCGAAAUGCAGCAGCAGAUGUAGCCAUGUGGUUGGACCAAGGGAUGUGAACAACCGUGAGUUGGCCUGGCUGGUGAAGGGAAAGCCCAGGACGACCUUCCGAGUGGAGGUCUUCAUACCUCCUGGCGAGGCCAAAUGCAUGUCAGUCACUUGGUUUAAGGCUGGUGUGGCCAAGCCUCCAGCGCCGCCUGCGCCAGAAAAGCUUCGAAAGCUUUGCUCCGGUUUCGAGCUGCAGUUUGUCAAGUGCAAGGCGGACAUGGAUCCUGUGCGUAAUCUCUGCAAAGGCCGUGGAAAGCUCACAAUCCGCUAUGUACCCGGCCGCGAUGGUGGAGAGCUGGAGCGCUUGGUGUCCCAUUUGGAGGCGUUGAAGUUGACAGUUGAAACCUGA